ACAUGGUCGAAGGUCUACGAGAGGUACGUUUGAUGGACAUUAUCUUCAAGACUUGGGGUCCAAGAGCUCACUAGAAUAAAAGCGGCUGCUUAGUGCCCAAACAAACCUCGACGUGGUCUUUAGGAGUCCCCUCCACAUCGAUGUUUGCAAGGACCAACUGACUCGUAACCUACACCACCUGAUCGGACCUCUUAACGAUGAAGCCAACCACACUCUGUCAAGACUCAUUCCCCACAAGGUCGAGCUCAAGGCGUACGACACCAUGGUUGGGAUCAUAACUAAGAAUGCAUCCCGGAUGUUUGGUGGAACCAUGAUCAGCCGAAACGAGGAAUGGCUCAAAUCGGCGGCCGACUACUCGAUGGACGUUGUCAGCGUUGCUGUUAAGCUGCGCCCCUACCCUGCCUUCAUGCGCCCCCUGAUCUAUCCCUUCCUAGAGGGGUCUAAGAUCCUUGACCACCACCUGCACGUUGCCAAGAAGACUUUCAGUCACAUCUUCGCGGAGCGCCUGGCCCUCAAGGAUACCGAUGAGAAGCCCGUUGACAUGCUUCAGUGGCUCGCUGACUCGGCCCGCGGAAGCGACCGUAACCCUGAUGUACUAGCUCACAAUAUGUUGUUUAUGGCCCUUGCCUCCGUCCACACUAGCUCAGCUACCAUCAUCCAUGUCCUGUUUGAUCUUUGCGCCAACCCUGAAUUUAUGGAGCAGCUCCGCCAAGACGUACAACAGGCCGUCGACGAGUCCGGCUGGACGCUAGCUUCCAUUGCCAAGAUGAAGAAGGUCGACAGUUUCAUGAAAGAGUCCCAGCGGAUGAACCAAGCAGUGCUGAUGACUUUCAACCGCAAGGUAGCUCGACCCCUCAAGUUUGAGGACGGCACCACGCUCCCCGUUGGAACCUACAUUACCAUGCCCAGUCAUGCCGUAGCUACUGACCCUGAUAUUUAUUCCAACCCCGAGACCUUUGAUGGUUUCCGCUUCUACGACAAGAGAAUGUCAGCCAAGACUGAGGCCAACCGACAUCAAUUCGCGACCACUGGCCCUGAGAGUCUUGCUUUUGGCCAAGGCAAGACAGCAUGCCCCGGUCGCUUCUUUGCCGCCUCCAACAUCAAGGUGGUGCUUGCCAACCUCCUCCUGAACUACGACAUUUCGUUCCCUCCUGGACAGACAGAAAGACCCAAGAACCUCCAUAAGGGUGGUCUAGUCCGCCCGGACCCCAGACAGACUCUGAUCUUCACCCCGCGCAAGUAAAGACGAUCAAAAAUUGAUUCUGUUAUGUAAAUAGUUGCAUUAAUGAUUUCCAUUGUAACGGCGCGUGGGUGGCCAAACGGAGUACACAGCAUAUUAGACUAUCUACACUAGAGUUUGGGGUCUUCAAAGAUUUGAUAUUUUUUAUUAAAUUACAUACAUUUUUUCGACUGCGAUAUUACAUACUACC